UUUAAUUAAAUUAAAUGUGUAUCAAUAUUUUAUGAAAAAACAUAUGUAAGCAGACAUGCAGUAUAAAGUUGCCAGCAUUUGUCUAAUCUAACCCUAAGCUCUUUUACUCCUUAUAGUAUUUAAAUUUUAAAUUUAAAGGCUGCAAGUAAUAACCUAAAUUAAUUUUAUCAACUUCGAUAUACUCAAACAGAAAGAUCAUUCAAAUACUGACAUGUACUCGGAUACUUUAAUGGAAUACGUGUUGGUGAACUACCGAUGGGUGUUUGUAGUAUUCUUCCUCUUGCCUUGUACCGUUUUGGGAAAGAUGUGGGCUGCCUUCGAAAAAAAUUCAUGGUCACGCCGCCGUUGUACCGGAAUUGACCACGAUAAAAAAGUUGAAAACAUUCAGCGCGAGAUACAGCAUAGAAAUUUAUAUGCUCCAGACCGUGUAAUGUGUACGGCCAGACCUAGUUGGAGAAGCAUGACUCUGGCUGAAAUGACGUACAAGAAACGCAUGUUCAACAUAAACGUCCAUUUGGAUGAAAUGAUUUCCAUCGAUAGUCACAAUCGAACAGUCAGGGUUGAACCGAGUAUUACAAUUGGUCAGUUAAUUCCAAUACUGAUCCAAUCGGGGUGGACAAUACCCGUUGCCGUGGAAUUGGAAGAUUUGACUAUCGGUGGAUUAGUUAUGGGCAUAGGAUUGGAAUCUUCGUCUUUUAAGUUCGGGUUGUUUCAUAAAACGUGUACGCAAUACGAACUUGUCACAGCUAACGGUGAUUUGAUCACAUGUACAGAGUCAGAGAAUCCAGACGUUUUUGAAUGUAUUCCAUUUUCAUAUGGCACACUCGGAUUUUUGACCGCUAUCAAUAUCAGAAUAAUACCGGCAAAAACAUAUGUCAGACUUAAGUAUCGUCCGAUUAGUUCUUUGGAAAAAAUUCAAUCCAGCCUCAUCUCGGAAACACUUGAUGUAGAAAACAAUGAUUUUGUCGAGCUAUUAAUGUUUAGUAAAAAUGAUGGCGUUCUGAUGACUGGAAAAAUGACAGACGCCAAUCAAGACUCAAAAAAUGUCAACGAAAUUGGUCGAUUUUAUAAACCAUGGUUUUUUAAACACGUCGAGUCAUUUUUAUUAUCACGGAAGAAUGCUGAAGAAUAUAUUCCUUUAAAAGAUUAUUACUUUAGACAUAAUAAUUCUUUAUUUUGGGAAGUACAGGAUAUAAUACCUUUCGGAAAUCAUCCAGUAUUUCGUUAUCUAUUGGGAUGGAUAAUGCCAGCAAAAGUGGCACUACUAAAAUUAACACAAACAGACACUAUUAAACGAUUGUAUGAUGAACAUCAUUUCAUAGAUGACUUCAUACUACCUAUUUCAAAUUUGAAAGAGUCUGUGGAAAAAUUUCAUGAACAUUUGAAUAUUUAUCCUAUUUGGGUAUGCCCAACGGUUUUAAAUCCAGGCCACGGUCUUGUACAUUCACAUGCGCCAGUAGACAAAAUGUAUAUUGAUAUUGGUUUAUAUGGAGAGCCCAAAGUGUCCAAUUAUAACUCGGGUAUCGCGAAGGAUUUGGAACUAUUUGUACUAAAGUUGAAAGGGUUUAAAAUGAUGUAUGUUGGUACUUCUUUGAAGUAUAUGAGUUCAAGAAAAUGUUUAAUCAUUGUUUGUAUCAGAGUACAAGAAUGCUGCUUAAUUGUAAAAACAACUUUCCGGAAGUCUACGACAAAGUGAAUAAGAAAGUUAGAAGAUAAUAGUAUCUCAAUACUCUUUAUGAAAUUAAAAUCAAAGAAUGUUAAGAGAAUGUUUGUGCACUGUUUGUUUUAUUUCUCUGGCCCAUGCGCAACAUAGACAAAACACAUUUACGCAGAAUCAUUUUUUUAAUGUUUUUGAGUUACCUUAUCAUAGAGUAAAAUUAUUCAAUACAAAAACGAUGGAGAAUAAUAUUUUGAGUGUAUGACAUAUCGAUAUGACUAAAUAUUGUCUCAAAACAAUUUAAAUAUAUAAAUUUUUUUUUAUUUUGAAAGUCGUAUACACAAUCAAAUACAAUAAAAUAUAAAACCGAUAUGUCAUUCCCUCAAAAAGAUAUCCUCUAUAAUUUUUAUAAUAGGUGAUGUUACUCUAAGAUUACUCAUAAAUCAUAAAAAAAAAGAAAAGAUUUUAGGUGAGUGUUUAAUGUUUAUCUAUGUUGAGCGUGGGUCUGAGUGAGAAAACUAAUAUUGCGUAGACAUCCUUUCAACAUUUAAGAUCAUCUCUGAUAUUCAAUUAGAUAACAUUUAAAUUUUCAUUAUGUAUCAAGUGAUGUAAAGUUACUAAUUUAUUGAACAUAAUUUAUAUUUGUUUUUUACUGAAUAAAAACUAAUGUCAAACAGUA